UCCUGGGGCCCCCGGGCAAUGGGGGAUCAUGGGGCCCCUGUGUCCUUGCCCGAACUCAAAAAAGCCUAUGAAAAAGGUACCAGGGGCAUCUCAUGGGGCCCCCUACUGACCCCGGGCCCUCGGCAGUGCCCGAGUUUCCAAAUGGUCAGUCCGCCCCUGGUACGUAAUUUAAAAGACUAACCGGAGGCUGGUGUUCCUCCACUCCACUACUGGAAUGUGACUGGGCACUCCUACAUCAUCAUAUACAAUACAAAACCAGUAGCCUUAUCAGAAGUAUGGACAUGGUCUGUGGUCCUGCAUUGUACAUGUUGGCAUCAGAAAGAAG